GAGAGUUCAGUCCUCUGCAGACCCUGAUCAUGAACGGAGAGGCCGAUGCUCUGCUGGAUUUGGUCAGGCGGAGGUCCAGCAGUCUGACGGAGCAGAACGAUGAAGGCUGGAUCGCUCUCCAUCAAGCUGCUUUUUAUGGACAGAUGCAGUGUGUCUCAGUCCUCGUCACAGCUUUUCCCGACUCAGUGAACCGAUGCAGUCUGAAGAGUGAGAGCGCUCUGCUGCUGGCCGCUGGACAAGGAAACGUUUCCUGUGUCGACUUCCUCCUGAGGCACGGAGCCGACCCAAACAUCGCCAACAAGGACCGAGAGACGACGCUGUUCAUCGCCUGUGAGAAACCCAACGAGGCCAUUGUGGAUCUGCUGCUGAGGGGUGGGGCUCAGGUGAACCGGUCCAACGCUCAGGGGGCCAGCGCUCUUCAUGAAGUCUGCAUGAACGGCCAGCUGAAGCUCUGCCGGAUGUUACUGGAGUCCGGAGCCCACCUCCAGAGCAAAAACGUCUACGGCAUCCGGCCUCUCUUUAUUGCUGCACAGCACGGGCAUGCCGACAUCAUCCAGCUGCUUGCUAAGAAAGGUGCAGAUAUAGAUGGCCAGGCGGCAGACGGAGCCUCGCCGCUGUUUGAAGCCUGUAAGAACGGCCAUGUUUCCGCGGUGGAGGUGCUGCUCUCUCUGAAGGCAGAUGCUAACCGCUCCAUGAAGUCGGGCCUGCUGCCUCUUCACGUGGCUGUCCAGAACAACCACUUCAGAAUCGUGUCGUUACUGAUCCAGGUGACCAGCAUGGUCAGAGUACAGCACAGCGGCAUUAGUCCUCUGCACAUCGCGGCAGAGAAGAACCAGGAUGAAAUCAUGGAACUGCUGAUCAAGUCUGGAUUUGAGGUCAACUCCGAGCUAUCGGAGGCCUUCACCAUUAUGUACAAGGACCGGCGUAGCACGGCGCUCUGCUUCUCUGUCCACAACAUGAACCUGGAGGCGGCCGAGAUGCUGCUGGAGGCCGGAGCCGACCCCAACCUGGAUUUGUUCAACCCGCUGCUCAUCGCUGUGCGGCUGGGCCGGAUAGAUAUGGCCGCACUGCUGCUGAGGUACGGCGCCAACGCCAACGUUCAGAUCCCCACCCAGUCGUCCUCGUUUCCAGCAGCCAUCCUCCUGAGGAUGGAGUCACUGCCCAUGCUCAAAUUGCUGCUGGACAACGGUUGCGACGCCGGGUGCUGCUUCAACUGUCCAUACGGACAAAAACCACAUCUGGCCGUCCAGCCGUCCGGCUUUCCCAACGAGGAAAUGCAGUUCUGUGAGGCCAUUUCCUGCCUGGCCCUCUGCCAUGUCGCCGGUCCAAUCAUCUCGCUGCUGCUGGACUACGUCGGACAUGUCCGUCUCUGCUCCCGACUGAUUGAGGUCCUGGAGAUUCACAGCGACUGGGCGCCGAUCAAACUGAAAGCUGGUAAGAAUGAAGGACAGGAAAUGGUCACAGCUAACCCUAACCCGUAAGAAUGAAG